UUCUGAGGAAAUAAAAAAUGAAAAAGGAAAUUACCAAUUUAUUAUUCAUUAAUUUAAUUAUGCCAAAUUUCUGAGAAUGAAUAGGAUUCUUUCUUCCUCCAUUUCGGGUAGCAUCAAUGAGCAUCCUGAAUGAUGUUCACUGAAAACCAAAUAUAAGACCCCUAGAUGGAAAGAAUUCGACUAAACCCCAAACGAAGAUAUAAAAUAAAAUAAAUUAUAAAUUCGGAGGUCGGAGGUCGGAGGUCGGACUUGGGACAAGCUCUUCUCUACCUCGGAAGCCUAAAGCCCACUUUUAGCUUUUUCGCAUUCCUGCAAGUGAGCAACUGCGAUAUCUCAUUCUCUUUAUUAUCCAAACGGGCUCUAUCUAAGGGAUCCGCAUAAUGGAUUCAGCCACCUCUUCAGUUUCAGUCAACUGUUGUACUCAAACAAUGGAUCCUUGGAAGUGCACUUUGUCUGGUGGUGCAAAUUCUCUUUCUAUGGCACCUCCAAGUAUUUUACAUAAGGUGAAUGAGAAGGCUCAACCUGAAAAGGAAGAGAGGGAUACAGGUCAUGUUGUUGAGGCUGGAGUCGAUAUAGACAUUAGAGAGGUUUACUUUUUGAUUAUGCACUUUCUGUCUGUUGGGCCAUGCCAGAGGACUUUUGAACAAUUUGGGAAUGAUCUUCUGGAACAUCAGCUUCUACCUAGAAGGUACCAUGCUUGGUUUUCAAGGAGCGGCGUAGGAAGUGGCAAUAAUAAUGAUGAUGCCAUCUCUUUCCCAUUGAGUUACAACAAGUUGGUUGAAAGGUAUCCUCAUAUAGAGAGGGAUCACUUGGUAAAGCUUCUAAAGCAACUGAUACUGAGUAUAGCAACUCCUUUGCAUGGCAAGGUUGGAAGAAGUGCUCCGAAUGCAGCUGAUGUCCCUACAUUACUGGGAACUGGUUCUUUUUCACUUCUAGAUUGUGAUAGGACUACGGAAAAUAAGAGAGUUAAGCCCCUGCCAGCUCACCUGCGUUGGCCUUACAUGCAGGCCGACCAAGUUCAUGGGCUAAGUUUGAGGGAAAUUGGAGGAGGUUUCACAAAGCAUCAUCGUGCUCCAUCAAUUCGCUCUGCUUGUUAUGCUAUUGCUAAACCAUCAACUAUGGUGCAAAAGAUGAACAACAAAAAGAAGCUACGGGGGCACCGUAAUGCUGUCUAUUGCGCCAUUUUUGAUCGGUCUGGGAGAUAUGUUAUCACUGGUUCAGAUGAUCGCCUUGUCAAAAUUUGGUCAAUGGAAACUGCGCUUUGCUUGGCUAGCUGUCGUGGGCAUGAGGGUGACAUUACUGACUUGGCUGUAAGUUCAAACAACGCUUUGGUGGCAUCUGCUUCAAAUGACUUUGCCAUUCGAGUUUGGCGUUUGCCAGAUGGAUUUCCAAUUUCAGUUCUUCAAGGGCAUACUGGAGCUGUGACUGCUAUUGCAUUUAGUCCCAGGCUUAGUGCUGUUUACCAACUUUUAUCGUCAUCGGAUGAUGGGACUUGUCGAAUCUGGGAUGCUAGGUCUUCCCAGUACCCUCCGCGGAUAUACAUGCCACAACCUUCGGACAGUUUAACUGGGAGGAGCAAUGCUAUUUCAAGUACUGGACCCUCCUCAAGUAAUGGUCCACAAAGCCAUCAGAUACUCUGUUGUGCUUACAAUGCCAACGGAACUGUUUUUGUCACCGGUAGCUCUGACACUUUUGCAAGGGUCUGGAAUGCUUUAAAAUCUAAUACAGAUGACUCAGAACAACCAAUACAUGAAUUGGAUGUACUGUCGGGCCAUGAGAAUGAUGUCAAUUAUGUGCAAUUCAGUGGCUGCGCCAUUUCUUCAAAAUCUUCAUUUUCUGACUCUCUGAAGGAGGAGAGUAAUAUGAAGUUCAAAAAUUCCUGGUUUUGUCACAACAACAUAGUUACCUGCUCUCGUGAUGGCAGUGCCAUUAUAUGGGUUCCAAGAUCACACAGAUCUCAUGGAAAAGUUGGACGUUGGACACGUGCAUAUCAUUUGAAAGUUCCGCCUCCCCCACUGCCUCCUCAGCCACCUCGAGGAGGCCCUCGUCAGAGAUUUCUUCCCACCCCUCGUGGUGUUAAUAUGAUUGUGUGGAGCCUGGAUAACCGCUUUGUGCUCGCAGCUAUCAUGGAUUGCAGAAUUUGUGUUUGGAACGCUGUUGAUGGUAGCAUAGUGCAUUCUUUGACUGGUCACACUGCAUCUUCAUAUGUUUUGGAUGUUCAUCCCUUUAACCCUCGGAUUGCUAUGAGUGCUGGGUAUGAUGGGCAAACAAUAGUUUGGGAUAUAUGGGAGGGCAUGCCUAUUAAGAUAUACGAAAUUGGAAACGUUAAGUUGGUUGAUGGGAAGUUUUCCGCGGAUGGGACAUCAAUAGUACUCUCAGACGAUGUUGGCCAAGUAUAUUUAAUAAACACGGGUGAAGGCGAGUCUCAAAAAGAUGCUAAAUAUGAUCAGUUCUUCCUUGGGGAUUAUCGCCCCCUUGCAAGGGAUGAUUCUGGAUAUCCUAUUGAUCAGGAGACACAGCUUCCUGCUUAUCGAAGGAAUCUUCAAGAUCCUCUCUGUGAUUCAAGUAUGAUGCCAUAUCCCGAACCUUAUCAAAGUACAUACCAGCAACGGCGACUGGGUGCUCUUGGCAUGGAAUGGCAUCCUUCAUCCAUGAAAUUCUCUAUUGGCAUGCAUACAGGCCUAGAUUAUCAGAUGCCGCCUUUACCAGAUUUGGAAAGAAUGAUUGAGCCACUACCAGAUUUUUUUGAUGCCAUGUUAUGGGAGCCAGAAAAUGAAGUUGCAAGUGAAGAUACUGAUUCAGAGUAUCACGGUACUGAGGAAAAUUCCAGUGAAGAUGAGAAAGGAAAUAUCACCACCAGCUCUUCUAGUGAUCCAGACUGCAGCACAGAAUACAGUGAAGCUGAAUGCAGUCAUAAGGAUGGCCUUCGCCGAUCAAGAAGAAAACGACAAAAGGUUGAGUCGAUAACCUGUUCUGAGAGGCGUGGCAAGAAAAGGAAAGUGGAUGAGCAUGAUGGUAUUAUAUCUGGGAUUGAGAAAAUUAAAAAUUCAAAAGGUGGCCGGAAAGUUUCAAAGAGAAAGCCUUCCGCAAAGACAUUGAGACCCCAGCGAGUUGCAGCACGCAAUGCUCGAAAUGUGCUUUCUCAGAUCCCUGGAACAUCUACUGAUGGAGAAAAAGAUGAAGAUGAUUCAUCAAACAGUGAUUCUCUAGAGCAACAAUUCCACAUUCAAAGCUAUGGUGGUAACCAGAUGAUGCAACAAAAACAUACUAAAGAAGAACCAUCUGUCCACGAGUUUGAGGAUAUAGCCAAGCCUCUUGCAGUUUCUUCAUCUCAGUCAAAUGUCAGAAGCAAGCCAAAAUUGGUUUUCAAGAUUCCACUUCGUGAUUCUAAGAAGCAAGAGGCUCCGCAGGAUGUAAAAAUCAAAUAUAAAAAUCAGGCUGAUUUGGUGUCUCCAUCUUCUGGAUAUCAAGAUGUGACUCAAGAUAAGAGGAUUAAUAAGGGUCUGGGUUCAUCUUUGCUAGAUGUGAUUGACGUGGAGUUGUCAGGAAAUCUCAUAGACAAUGAAUUCACUGAUCCCGGGAAAACUGCAAAGGCUGGAAAUUCUUUGAAGGCAUCUCCAUGUGACAAGGAUAACAGAGUUGGGUGGGGAGAGGUCAAGAUACGCACACCAAAGCAUAUAAGAUCAGGAAAUCCCAUACCAACAGAGGCAGCCACUGGAUCGCUUGCAAGUUUUGAUGUCCAUAUGAAAGAGAGGAAUUAUGUCAAUUGGGAUGAGGAACGUAAUGGAACUGAUGCAUUAGAGGAUCUGGACGGUCUCAAAAGUAAAGAGCUUUCUCAUACACUCAUAUCGUCAUCUUUUGAGUCCUCAGCUUUGGGCGAGCGCAAACCAAAAGGCAUAGAGGACUCCUUGGAGAUAGAGGAGGCUGCUGGAACAAUGCACUCUGAUGAAUUAAAGUAUAAUGCUCCCCUUAAGUUUUCUGCAGAACACCUAACAGGUUAUGGAGAUUUAAUGCCAGAAGAUCCUUCAUGCAUGGACCAGAAUUUAAAUCUGGAAAUGCCAAAAGUGAGUGGAGGUGCUGGCAGACCAGGUUCUUUGAAGUUUUUUUUCAAGGGUAGGACUAAUUCAGAAGGUGUUGAUGGUAAUAUGGAAGAAAAUACUUCAAAUGUCAACAACCGUCAUGAUUCAGGAAUUGAUCUCCCUGAAGCUGCAGUGGGUGCAAUACGUGGAACAAGAACAUUAAAGAUCAAGGCAACUUCAGGGGGGGUGGGCUCUGUGAGCCGUAGCCUUAAGUUGAGAUGGGGCCAUCAAACAGCGGGGACAUCAAAAGAUGCAGAAGACUCCUCCGUCAAAGUGUAUGAUCAGAUAUAUCAAAGACCAAGGUCUACAAGAAAUCGUCAGGGUUCAUAUAAUGAUUAUGACCAAAGUUCUUCAACCCGAAGCAUGUUAGAUACCCCUGUUGGAAAGUUGUCAUGGCUGAUGUUGUCAAAACAUGAGCCGGGUUACCGUUAUAUUCCUCAGCUAGGUGAUGAAGUGGUGUACCUGAGACAGGGCCAUCAAGAGUAUCUGGAAGUAGUUAUGAAAUCAGAAGUGGGUCCUUGGGGUCCUUGGGGAUCAAUUAAGGAAAACAUCAAAGCUGUGGAAAUUUGCAAGGUUGAAAGCCUUGAUUAUGCUUCGCAGCCUGGUUCUGGGGAGAGCUGCAGUAGAAUGGAACUUAAAUUUGUAGACCCUUCUUCUGCUAUGUUUGGUAAACCAUGGAAUUUAACUUUGCCUGAAAUUGAUUUCAGUGAUUUCAUUGUUGAGAAAAUAUGGUAUGAUGCUGCUAUUAGAAGAAACUGGACCACUAGGGACAAAUGCGAGGUUUGGUGGAGGGAUUCAGAUGGAGGUGGGGAUUGGUGGGAAGGUCAAAUUGUUCGUUGUCAGGCCAAAUCACAUGAGUUUCCUGACAGCCCUUGGUUAAGAUAUGAGAUUCGGUACAAGAAUGAUGAUGGGAUAACCCAUUGUCAUUGUCCUUGGGAACUGCGUGAUCCAUCCAUAUUAUUGGAACACCCCCAUAUUAACUCUGAAAGCAGAGAUAAGCUGCUGCACUAUUUUUCUAAAUUGGAGCAGAAGGACUCCCAAACAAUCCAACAAAUGAAUCAAGCUGUUUGGAAGGCGGAUUUCUGCAACAGCUUUCCUGUGCAAUUGUACCCGGAACUAAUCCAGUCAAGGUUAAGGAAUGACUAUUAUAGAAGCUUGGAAGCUGUGGAGCAUGAUAUAAUGGUUAUGCUGUCAAACGCGAGGCAGUACUUCAAGAGAAAUGAAUUGCAAGCCCGGAUUAGGCACCUCUCAAAAUGGUUUAAGAAAAAACUGUCAAGAUUGCAGAGGUUUUGAGUACAGAAGAUACAACUGGUCUUCCUUAUUACUCCUUAGACUCCUCUUUCUUCUUUUCAAUUUUGUUUUUCGAGUAGGUCCCCGUUGUUCCAUUUUUGGUAAAGCAGUCCUUCCAGAGGGAGAGUGAAAUCCCCAAGGUCAAAGCAAAUCAUUUAUUGUAUACGCAUCUUCUCCAAGAUCAUCUUUAUUAUUAGUCAGCUCAGCAGUUUGGCAAAAGAACUUCAAAAAAUUUGAAGCAAUCUUGCUAUACGCAUCUUGAUUCAUA